AAGAACUCUCUGAUGACAAAGUGUCGAUUGGUCAAAACGAGUUGCCGUGCCUACAGUAGUAGCAAAGUUCAGAAGUUGGAAAACUCUGGUGCCAAUGCCAAUGGGAUCAUGCUACCUACCUUAUGUAGAUCUAUACUCUGAUCGGAUCAGGGGACAAAGGUCCAACUUCAAACAGACUGCAACUUCCUGAUCAGAACUUUGCACGUUGAAAGGCCCAAGUUGGGGCACCAAGCUGUCCUAAGAGCACAGUAGCUCCUCCAUGCAAAGCUUUUGGUGAUUCUCCACAACUCAAAUCAGGUGGAGCAGAUUAGCCUGCCAUGAAGGACCGCACGGAGCACUUCCGGGAUAUUGUGCGGCGAUUAGUGGCAGAGGAGGUCAUAAAUGAAGAGAAAAAGAGGAGAAUCUACUCCAGCUUGAUACUCAAAAGGGCACAAGUGCACACACCAUUCAUCACCACCGCCAAUGAGAUUCGCGCGAACAUCCGUGCCAUGCGCGCCUUCAUUCUGCAGCACCGGCAGGACUACUUGCGCAAGGGGCGCAUGACCGAGCGCGAGCGAGACGACCUGGAGCAGGAGGUGGGGCUGUUUGUCAAAACCUGCCGGCAGCGGAUUGACGUCCUGAAAAACGCAGUCUCUGGAGAGGCGCCAACGCAGCAGACGCUGGCCUGGAUCGGAGGCGAGGGCAGGGCAGGGAACACAAACCUGGUUGCGCACUGGCACGGCGUGGUGCUCAUCCUGAGCGAGCGCUUGCACUGUGUCACUUCCAUGUUCGACCGGAUGCGAGCAGCCCACUUCGAGGAGAUUCUCCAGGAGAGCAAGCCCGCAAAAAGAGAAGGCAUCCCAACUAGAGCGCGGAAGUCUUUGCCACGGCCGGCCCCCAGCGGCCCAGGACGAGGCCACGAAGCUAACGGGGAGGCCGCCGAGCGAAUGGAAGAACAGGUCCAAGAAUACGACGAAACGAGAGCGCUGCAGCUGGAGCUUGCGGGGCUUGCGGAGGGCGCAGCAGCCGUUGAGGGGAAGGUACUGGAGAUGACGGCGCUCAGCCACCUCUUCUCAACGCGGGUUCUUCAACAGGCGCAGCAAAUAGAACAGCUAUAUAACCAGGCCGUCGAAGCCACCACGUACAUAAAGAAGGGGAACACCGAGUUGCGGAAGACAGUGGAUCGGAACAGCGACGGAAGGAUAUUCGUCAUUCUCUUUUUCGUGAUCAUGAUACUGGCGGUCCUCUUCCUGGACUGGUAUAGUCCUUAAUGACGUGUGCCUUUGGAGCUACUCGAGGAAUGUAUUAUUCUUCAGGUUCCCUUUGACUGCAGUGCUA